AUGGUGGAGACAGACAACAGCCUUGCAUCUGAAGAAAGACUGGAGAGUUCCUUAAGAGGAUCUCAAGAGAGGAUUUCUUUCCCAACAGAGGACGAUCAGAGGAAUGAGGAGGGCGAGGAACUUCAGCUGCAAUUGACAGAUAACGUUAAUAAUGAAGACUUGAAAGGAAGCAUCUGGACUCGAGGGAGCCCUAAGAGAAAGCAAGUACACCAAAGAACCCACUCAAGGAAAAAAACUUUGGAAUACUCAGAGUGUGGAAAGCGAUUCCGUCAGAAUCGCAGUCUCCAAUAUCAUCAAAGAACUCACACAGGGGAGAAACCAUUCCAAUGUUCAGAGUGUGGAAAGAGAUUCUGUCAGAAUGCAAGUCUUCAAUAUCAUCGAAGAGCCCACACAGGGGAGAAACCAUUCGAAUGUUCAGAGUGUGGAAAGAGAUUCAGUCAGAAAGCAAGUCUUCAAUAUCAUCGAAGAACACACACAGGGGAGAAACCUUUUGAAUGUUCAGAGUGUGGAAAGAGAUUCAGUCGGAAUAGUAAUCUUCAAGGGCAUAAAAUAACCCACACAAGGGAGAAACCUUUUGAAUGCUCAGAGUGUGGAAAGAGAUUCAGUACAAAUUGCUAUCUUCGACUUCACCAAAGAUCCCACACAGGGGACAAACCUUUUCAAUGCAUAGAGUGUGGGAAGAGAUUCAGUCGGAGUUGUGGUCUUCAAAGGCAUAAAAGAACUCACACAGGGGAGAAACCUUAUGAAUGCUCAGUGUGUGGAAAGAGAUUCAGUUGCAGUAGCAAUCUUCGAGACCAUAAAAGAACUCACACAGGGGAGAAACCUUUUGAAUGCUCAGAGUGUGGAAAGAGGUUCACUCAGAGUGGUGCUCUUCAACAGCAUAAAAGAACCCACAAAGGGAGAAACUUUUUGAUUGCUCCGAGUCCGGAAAGAGAUUCAAGUUGAGUGGGUAUCUUCAAAAGCAUGUGAUGACCCACACAUGGAAGAUCCAUUUUGAACGCUCAGGGUGUGGGAAGAGAUCCAGUCACAGUGGCACUAAUAAAAAGCAUCAAA